AUGCUUUCGUGUUCGAAUGAUUUUUAUUGUUGGCAUUAUUUUUAAUUUGUUAUGUGAUGGUAAUAGUUUUUUUAAUCUUUCCACUGCAUGGACUUUUAUGGUUUUUGGGAUACAUUAGGUCCAUGUGUAUAUAUGUGUCACAUGAAUAGUUUUUGGAUGGCUUUUUAGAGCUAGAUGGGUACAGAAUGAUUUAAAAGAAAAGAAAACACCAUAUAUUGCAUGCUAUAUUUAGUAUUAUAUAUGGGUAUAUGGCAUACAUGUUUGGUUCUAACAAAAUCCUGAUUAUCGAUUUAAUCCACCUAAAAUAUCUCUGUAAAACAGCAAGUAGGAAAGAUUUGUGAGAUUGUUUUUGUCAUCCCUAGCGCUACAUUCAGAUAUAAAUUCUUUAGGUCGUCAAAUGUCCGAACCUUGCUGAAAAUUACAAGCUAUUAGAUCAUUGAAGUCAUUAGAAUAAUUUCAAGAGACAAGACUACUUCUAAUCAUUUUCGAAGGCUGAAAUCAAUCUGUUUUAUGAGGAAAAUGGCUUCACUGAAUAGCUUUUGGUCUUCUUCAAUCAAUGGAUCUCCUGCUUUUUUUAUUUUUUUUCUAGUUUCUAGGUCCUGUGCCAUCAAGAAGCACUUGAUCAAGGAAGUAGGAAUUUACUCUUUUUGGAGUGCAAGUCAAGCACUGCGCCUAGGAAUUUUUUUUCACAGGACCCAUUCAUCUGAUCUGCCUAUAAUCUCUAAUGCCAUCAUCAACAAACUCAUUCUUGGAAUGAGGUUCCCAAUUAGUCUUCUGACCAUGUCACAAGAUCUGAGAAAAUCCAUAUUUGCUUUCCGCUUUUAAUCAAUUGAAGGCCACCCUGACAAAAUAUAUUUGUUAAAAUCUAUAUUCGCAGAUGGACACAUUCCUCUUCACUUCAGAAUCAGUCAAUGAAGGCCACCCUGCGACCGAGUCUCGGAUGCCAUACUUGAUGCAUGCCUGGAGCAGGAUCCUAAGAGCAAGUUAGCUUGCGAUCCAGACCUGUCUAAAGUUCUAACCAAUUAAAACAAUAAUCAUCAAGAAAUAGCAUAAAGACUGAGCCAUAAACAAUGGGUCAGAAUAUAUAUAUAAAAAAAUAAGCAUUUGGGGUUGUGGCACUGAAACCUAUAGCACUACCAUCUUGGUACAAUGUUGGUCUGCUUGGUAUAGGAUCGAUCCAGCAGACCAAUACUCGGUAUGGUAUGAAUAUGGUAUGAAUAAGUAAAUAAGACUAAUCAAAUAAAUAAAGCCCAAGAAAAAUGCCAUGUAUAAAUCAGUCAGAUGGCAUAGUGGAUGAUAUUGGUGCGACCUAACCAUGGUAUAAGACUGAUCAAGCUCAAUACCGGCAUGAUGGCUUGGUUCAACCGUGGCAAUACAUGUCUCGGUAAGAAUGGAAAUUAAGAAGCAGCCAAUUAGAUGGAGUCUCUCUAAGCACUUUGUGGCAAUGGGCAUCAGACGCGAUCGACAUUUGAAGAUCACAUCAUCAUGUGACCCCUUUCCUUGAAAGGAGAAGAAAACAAGAUCCUCUCUUCCUUUUUUUGGUAACAUCCUACCUUUUUGCCCUUUUUCAUGCACCGGCCCUCGCUUUCCAUGUCCCCAUGCGUUUCGCCAGGCUUGCUGUGGGCCCUCCUGGCAAUCGGAGCCCGCCCCCGAAAUACCGAAGGCGGCACCCGCUCUUAUACGCUGCAUCUUCUCGAUGCUCUCGCUCCACCCCGCCCCCCAAAAAACAAGGGUACAGCUCUCCCUCUUCGGCACCGGAGCGAUUCCAAAACCCUGAGGAAAACCAGAGCCCUCCUGAAAUGGAUCUCGUCCCGAGCGGUUCGAUUGCUCUGGCGAUUUAGGCGGUCUGAUCUAGAGUUUGUGGAUCUUACGCUGUUUUUCUUCUCUGUUCUUCGCUUUGAUUUCAAUCAGGGUGUUUUUUUUUGGAAGCACCUGUCGUUGUGUCUGUGGGGAAAUCUGAAGGGAUAGCUGUGUAAAUCCUGGUGGGUUUUAGAUUUUGAGGGAAAUGGGUUUGAUUUGGUGGUGCUAGUUCGAUUAUUUCUCUGAUUUAACUUGGAUUUGGGAUUUUGGUGCUAUCUCUGUUGUUGAUCUGAAAAUCUUUUGGAUUUCUACGCUUUAGCGUUUGUUUGGGGUUUUUCACUGGUCUGCUUCAAGGGGGAGCUUUGUUUGCUGCAUGAAUCCGAGGGGAGUUUUGCUGAGAAUCUGGAGGAUAAAAGAGUUGAAAUCUCAUCUGCUAUACUGAAAUCUGUAUCUAGUUUCAUCUCCGAGCUUUGUGAACCGCGAAAUCCGAUCCAAGUUCCAGAGAAAUUUUUGUGAGAGCCGUGAAACCUUUAAUUUUAACCAUCUGUUUGCUGUCUCGGGAUGGAGGGGAAUAUGUCGGCUGGAAACAUGAUGCCGGGGCCUUCUUCUUAUGGUUCAUUUGAUCUCCAGGUUUCGAUGGCGAUGCAUCAGCAACAGCAGCAACAUGGAUGCUUUCACCAUCAGCAGCAACAGCCAACCCAGACCCAAAAUCAGGGCCCAAUGGUUCAUCAACCAAUGAACAGUAUUUUCCCUCAGUCGGUCGGUCAGAUGAAUGAGCGCGAACAGCAGCCUAUGCUUCAGAUGAUGGAUUACAGUAAGGUCGACCAUGGCAAGAUCUCGACAAGUGAGGAGGAUGACACCGAGGAUGGAGCUGAUGGUCCCAAUAAAAGUGAAAGAGGAAAGAAGGCCGCUCCUUGGCAGAGAGUGAAGUGGACGGACGCAAUGGUUAGGCUUCUCAUAACUGUGAUUUCUUACUUAACUGAAGGUACUGCAGAGCUUGACAGUAGUGCAAAGAAAAAACUUGCCGUGUUGCAGAAAAAAGGAAAGUGGAAGUUGGUGUCUAAAGUAAUGGCUGAGAGAAAUUGCUGUGUAUCACCCCAACAGUGCGAAGACAAGUUUAAUGAUCUGAAUAAAAGGUACAAGAGGCUUACAGAAAUUCUUGGCAGGGGCACAUCUUGCAAGGUUGUGGAGAAUCCUGUACUGUUGGACUAUAUGCAUCAUAUUUCUGACAAGGUAAAGGAUGAUGUGAGGAAGAUCUUAAGCUCGAAGCAUCUUCACUAUGAGGAGAUGUGCUCGUACCAUAACAAGAACCGUUUACAUUUACCUGCUGAUCCUGAAGUUCAGCGCUCUGUGCAGUCGCUUCUGAAAACCAGUGAUGAUCAUGAUGCAAAAAGAGCUGCAAGGGAUGAUUUUGAUGAAAAUGAUCAAGAUGAAGAUAGUGAUGAUAGGGAAGACGAUCUUGAGGAGAAUGACACACUGUUCAGAGAUAUUGGAGGGUCAUGUUUUCCAAAGAGGAUGAAGCAAGGGUUGGUCUGUGAAGAUGUGAACUUUAGAAACUCUUUGGGCCCUCAAAAUAAUCCUAGAAGACCUAAUUCUCAGAGCAUUUCUUUUGAUGUGAACCAAGUGUUCCCUGAAGGUUCGACCACUCCUUGGGUACAGAAGCAGUUAAUCAGGUCGCGUUCAAUUCAGCUGGAAGAACAAAGGUUGCAGAUUCAAGCAGAGAUGCUAGAGAUUGAAAAGCAACAAUUCAAGUGGAAGCGUUUUCGUAAGAAGAAAGAUAGAGAAUUGGAUAAGAUGAGAAUACAAAAUGAAAGGAUGAAACUUGAGAAUGAACGCCUGGCAUUGGAGCUGAAGCGCAGAGAGUUAGUGCUGGAUCUUAAUUGAAUGCAAUUUCAAGAUAAUAGGACCUUGGGAAAGUGUAUGAAUUAUUUUCUCUCCACUUAAAGUUAGCGGUCAGUCUUGGUUUGGAAACUGUAUAAGCAGGCUUAUUUUUAAUUCUCUCUUGUGAGGUUUCCUUCCUUGAUUGGUAAUGCCCUCUUUAGGCGCAUUGAUUCGUGAACAUGCAUAUCAGUUUUUUUUUUUUUUCUGUUACAGGUUUAUUCCAAGAGGCAAUAUUACUGUUCCACUUUCUGUUGCUGGUAUCAUGAAAGAUCUUUUUUGAGUUACCCUGGAUUGGAGAAGAAUGCAGAGGGGCUCUAUCAUUGAAACUUCUGCCAGCCAAGUUUGUUGGUGUGCCUCUUAAAAAUCGACAGUGCUAUCUUCCUUUCACUUCUCUUUCUUGUGAUGAAGUCAACUGAAAAAAAGAAACAAAAGACAAAACUUGAAGAUUGAAAGACAAGAUCCACUUAUUUGAUGAUCCCAUGCUAUCUUGAACAUGUUUUCCUCCCUGCCUCUGUAAGACCUUUCUUGAGUUUUAUCUUUUGUGCCUCCUUGUAAAUAGAUCUCAGUAAAUCUUCUUAAUAAAGGAGGGGGAAGUUUCUCACUUCCUCCAUGCUUCUUCAGAAAAAAAAAAAAGAUCCCAUGCAUAAAUGCAUGGGAAAGCGAACUAGUUGAGAACUACGUAUCAAGAAAAUGACUUCAUUCGAAGUGUUUGAUCAUUUUGGUGCUUCUAUGGAAGUGCAAUGUAUGGCAAUCAUAAUGCUAACUUUUGUAUAUUUUCCUGAAAUACUAUUGUUGCCAUGUGCAUUAAAUUCGAGAGUAAAUAUUUGAUGGAUAGAUAUGAUUCUAUUUAAUUCUAGAUUUUUAUUUCUUAUUAUGAAAGUUAAUAAAUGCACUCUUAGUUUGGUUACGUACCUUUUCUUUUUGCUUUUUCUUCCUCUCCUUUUAGACAUUGAGAUAACCAAAGCAGGUCUAUUUUAUUGAAAAAAAAAAGGCUUUCUGUGAAAGAAAUGAGUAAAUUAAAGAUCACUAGAUGGGUUUCUGCGCUGUGCAGGGAACUGCUCAAAUGCAUGUGGAACGUUAUUUCUACAUCAAGGUACAGUUUAAGUUUACGUUCAGCGUAAUUCCCAAAUAAAUAUGCUGUAUAUACUUUCAAUGAAUAGAUAACAAAUAAAAUUAUUUUGAUAAAAAGAUAAAUUACAGAUAAUAUGUCAAUAUUAAAACUGAUGGAACACUAAGAAAUUUUAGCAUAUAGUUUAAAUUUAUCUAAUAACAAAACUGUAUACAUGACUUUCUUUGCUCUCACAAGGAAUAACUUGAUACCCUGUUUGCCUUUAAUGUGGCAGCACCAUUUUUGCCAUUUUUUUUCUUUCGGACCUGUGGCCAUAAUUGGUUGCGCUUUUUCAUCACGAACACUUGGGUGGCAGGUGCAGGAAAGCAAUUGUUAUAGCAACUUCAUGCAUUUCAUUUCAUGCUUAAUAUGUCGCCGGUAUAUGCUUUCAUAGGGAUAAUUUACAACAAAAAAUUAACAGAGCCGUCACCAAUCUGUCAGGUUCGGCUUUGAUAGAUAUUGUUUUGUUCAUGGUUUAUAGUUUGCUAUUCAUUGAAUCUUCUGUCUGUUUUUUCUCCAUCUGUCUAUUUAUCUGUAUCUACGUAUUGGUAUAUAUGUAUGGAUCCUAUGGUUUACAGUUUGUAGAUUUGGAUCCAGAGAACUCUUGCAGGUGAGAUGACUUGGACGACUACGGUUGGUAGUUCGAAUGAAGAUGUGGAUGAUGAUUUGCCGGAGAUUGGCAGCUACGGAGGUGAUCCAUGGGAGAUAAAGAGUGAGGACCUGUGUUCGAGGCGGACCGUACGUUUAGAGGUCCAGAUUUUGUAGGGGCUGCAAGCCAUUAACUUCUUGAAUUUUAGUUGGAAUGAUAAAGAAACGGUGCAACAAGAUGCAGGGAAGCCAGUUUUUCUUGUAAAACUCGGAAUUUCAGGGGAAAAAAUGAUUUUUAUUCAGUUUGUUUAUUUACACUGUCGAGUCCCAAUUCCAUGACUCGUGGUACACUUGAAUAAAAACUCAAUUUUUAUUCAGUUUGUUUAUUUACUGAAACCUUUAUAGAAGAAAUUAUUAGAUAGAUCAGA